AUGGCUGUCGAUUUCACCCCUCUUCAGCGUGCAUUCAACGCCUUUCUCAUGGCUAUGCCUCCUGGUGAGCUGGAAGAGUUGCUCCGCUAUCUUCAUGACCACAACACUUCCACCGCUGGUCGAGCAGCACAGGCCACUGAAGUUGCUCCUAUAGCUGCUGCUCCAGUCGCCGAUGGCACUGAUAAGAACGGUACUCGGAACAGAGUCACAGCUGCCCGUGGAAAGCGCUUCCGUGAAGGGAAGUUGAGACCUCUCAAUAGUUUCAUUGCUUUCAGAAGUUUCUACUCUGCAGCCUUUCCGCAAUUUACGCAGAAGGCCAAAUCCGGGAUCCUCAGGUUUCUGUGGGAGAACGAUCCGUUCAAGGCUAAAUGGGCAAUUCUGGCCAAAGCGUACUCGAUUAUCCGUGAUAAUCAUGUUGGGCAAGUCUCACUUGAUACUUUUCUGGCCCUGAACUGUCAUUUCGUCGGAAUUAUCAUGCCAGAAAAGUAUCUUGCGGCCAUGGGCUGGGAGCUCGCAAUGGAUGAGAACCACCAGCAUAGCAUGGUGAGGACUGGCGCCACUCUUCCUAUGGAAACUGAGACCACCAUUGACUACUCUGUCAACGAUAUCCUGGAUCACUGUUAUGAGACAGGCUACGUCAAAGGCGAUCCUGGCCAUCGUACUAUUGGAAAACUCAACGAAGGCUCUCUGAUGUCUUUUUCAAGUCAGCCCACCAUGGCAAGCAGUGGGCUCGAAGUCAAUACCGCCAGUCCUGAGAUCACUACAGCAAACUUCAGUGGGAACAUGGGAGUAAAAGCCAGCAUUGAUAUUUGCCCUCCGCCAAUGCCACUGGAUGAUUUUCAUGUCGAGGGAAGCGCUGUCAAUGAAGACGUAUCCUCCAUCUCUCAGUUGCUUGAGCUCAGAGACGGACCACGCAAUCAACAUGAGUUUAUGACUGAACUUGACGACGCUCUCAAUGAUCUGCGCGGGCCUAAUCCUGAUGACGACGACCUGUUCGCUCCCUUCAACCCGGCCAUCGAGACUCCAAUCGUCCAUUACGACCCUCUGGCCAGUGAGCCGUUCGAUGCGUUCGACAUUCAUGAGUUUAUGAAUCUCUGA